AUGAAGUCACUGCUGUACAUCACCUGUUUACUAGCCACCGUGCUAUCCAGCAACGUAAAGCUGAACAAAGAAACAUUUUUUAAAAAUGCACACCUAGUUUUUUCAUCCAAAUUCAACAUAACACAAGUCAUGGUUCCAGUCGAAAGCACUCAUUACAUACCAUCUGAUGUUAAGGAUAAACCAUCAAUAUUCUUUACUGUAUCUGAUCCCACUACAGAUAAAGGCAGCUGCAUUUAUAUUCUAGAAGGAUUUGCAGCAUACGAAGUUCUAGAAGGAGGCAGAGAUACAACAGCAGAUUAUGGUCAAGACAACACAGUUUACUUCGGUGCUCGAGAUGGUAUUUAUAAAUACGUACCUGAUUCAUUUGGAGUUCAGAAAUUCGGGUCUUUCGACGAUGAUAUCAUACAACUACAAAAAGCUAAGGGUCAAGAUGUUAUUUAUUUUCUGAAUACUGAACAUAAACUUUAUAAAAUAGAAAAUAAUGGGACCUUACGUACUAGGAUAAAGGAUGUUAUUUGCGCACAUGAAUUUGUAUUGGAUACAUCUAAUAACAUAUAUUAUUUAGCUUGCGAAGAUCGUUUGCCUAGAAUUUUAAGAACAGACGGAAGUUUACUCGGUGUUGUGUCUUCUCUACUAGAAAAUGAUAUUCGUGAUAUUAAAUUGAUAAGACCCGCGUUUUUGAUGGAAGAUUCUAUACCAUUUUUUGGAGACAAUGCUCUAUAUAUUCUUUAUUCUAAUGGAACAAGUGAUAGAAAAGAUUUUCAAUUAGAGGAGAGACCUUCAGCAGUCAGUGUAGAUUCCACUUUAUAUAUUGUUGUAGCUAUAAAUGGAAAAAUAUAUGAAUUUGAUGUAAUGGACAUGCUCCUAGGAUCAAUGUUUGGAUUUACGUCAAGUUGGCCGGCAGACAUUGCUAAAAUUGUCAUGGCCUUUAUUGAAACUACAAAAGUACAUCUAGGUUAUGUUAAUAAUCAUAAAUUGAAUGUAGUUUUACCUCCUCAGUUAGCAGAUGCGUAG